GCAACUGCGACUGAUUACAUUGAUAUAGAUGCUUGGAUGUAUUCACGAGAAUUGUGUGAGAGUAUCUGUACGUUUUGAUAAAUGUUUCCAAUAUCUAACAAUUAUUUGACUAAAUUUUUGUUAACUUGUUACACGUGAUUCGUUUUAUAAAAUUUGAAUUUACGAUGAAUGAUACUCGAUCCAAGAUACUCAAAAAGAAGAAACAACCAAAGCGAUAUUGUGAAAAUCUGUUUACGAAAAGCCCGGAUAAGUUUAGGAAUAUAGGUAAUCUUGACGAUGGAAACAGGAGGUUAACUCGUGGAAUGCUGCGGAAGUUGGAUAAACAAAAUGCAUUGUUUUCCUUGAAAAGAAAAUAUCCUUCGCGGAAUAGUGUAAUCAUUCUAAAUGAUAGUGACAAUGAAACAAGUGAGGAAGAUAAACAAGAUGCUUCACUCAGCAUCAUCGAAUGCAGUCCUACAAGGUUGCCCUUGCCUUCAUCUCCGCAACAAAAAACGGAAAAGAAAGAAUUGCGGAAAUCUCCCAGACAAAACAACAAUAGAUCGUCAAUAACAUUAUCAAAUUUAUCCAUGAAACAAUCAUCCAAUACACAAUCUCCAUGUAAUGGAGAAAAUAUAGCACCGUCAGAAGCAGAGGACGAUGUGAUUGAGUUAUGGUCUUCUCUCAAGAAUUCAAAUAAGAAAAUUAGGUAUUGUAAUGCUGAGACAAAUGAAAAACUAAAUUUUGUAAUAGAUACAAAACCAGACAUGAAAAAUCUAGAAUAUCUAAAAACAGAUACAAAACCUGUACGAAAAAGACGAAAAUUGUGUCGCAAUUUUGAUAAACUUACAUCAUUAUCGAACAAAAAUAUAAAAAACACCAGUAAUGAUUCAAAUUCCUCACAGUCUAAUCCACAAUCCUGUGAAGAAGAAACAAAAACAAUUGUAUCUGAUGAAAAGAAUAGCCCAGAUACAAAUCAUAAAUUAAGAGAGAUAGUUGUCGAUGGAUGCAAUGUGGGAAUGGCCCAUGCAAAUCAUCAGAUGUUCUCUGUAAAAGGCAUCCAAUUAGUGAUAGAUUAUUUUACAAUAAGAGGUCAUGUUGUGAAAGUUUUUUUACCAAAUUAUCUUCGAAAGUACACACUACUUGAAGAAUUAUAUAAAAAGGGUAUAGUUGUUUUUACACCUAGUCGCAACAUUAAGGGUAGAAAAAUAACUCCUUAUGAUGAUCGGUUUAUUUUGGAAUAUGCAACAGCACGUGGAGGAAUAGUGAUUACUUCAGAUCAGUAUAGAGAUCUAUAUGAGGAGAAGCCAGAAUGGCGCGAUACAAUCUUAAAUCGUUUAUUAACUCCAACUUUUGUUGGAGAUUACAUCAUGUUUCCAGAAGAUCCAUUGGGCAAGUCAGGACCUAAUCUCGAAACAUUUUUGCGACAUUGAUAGAAUACAAUUUUUUUUUGUUAUAAAAUGUAUUCUAAGAUAAGUUGAUGAUACUGGACCAAUUAAUGUCCUGCUGUUAAAGAAAAACAAAGUCUUUGGUACUGUAAUUUUACCUCAAAUAUCUAUAUCUGUAUAUAUCUCUAUCUGUUUUUCUUUGUUCGCUUAAUAUACAUCUUUUUAUGCUAAGAUAAAUUAAUAACUACAUAAUAACAAUUAUUUUUUCUAUCAUAGAAUUCUCUUUUUGUAAGAUAUCCUUGUAUUUAUAACUAUUCACGAGAUAUAUAUUAAUUGAAAUACACAAAGAAUUAACAGGCAGAGAAGGCUAAGUUAUUUUGUAUGUAAAGCUUAAA